ACCAUUUGCACUCAAAAUUUUCACCCCAAAUUACUGAAACAAUUUUUGUUAAUCCAAUCUAAAUUGUGGGUUCUGAUCCAUCUCUGGGAAAAAUGUUUCUUGAAGCAAUUUCAGCUCUCUCUCUGCAGGGUUCUAAUCUUGGACCCCUUCUAAAAUCAGCUAAUGCCAAUGCCAUUUUAACUCCAGCAUCUUGUAACUAUUCUUCCUCCGGCCUUGCUUUGUCAAGAAAGCGCGAUAAUGGUUUCGCUGGUUAUGCCUUGUCUGAAACUGCUAGUAUGCCACUUACCGGUGUGGUGUUUCAGCCAUUUGAAGAGGUCCAGAGGGAUGAUUUUAUGGUCCCAAUAGUUCCCAACGUAUCACUUACUCGCCAGAGGUUCUCAGAAGAGUGUGAGGCCGCAAUUAAUGAGCAGAUCAAUGUGGAGUACAACGUCUCGUAUGUGUACCACUCCAUUUAUGCAUACUUUGACAGGGACAAUGUUGCUUUGAAAGGCCUUGCCAAAUUUUUUAAGGAUUCAAGUGAAGAAGAAAGAGAUCAUGCUCACAAACUAAUGGAAUAUCAGAACAUCCGAGGAGGGAGAGUGAAGUUGUACUCUAUACUAAUGCCCACUGCGGAGUUUGAACAUGUGGAGAAGGGUGAUGCACUGUAUGCCAUGGAACUAGCGUUGUCCUUGGAGAAGUUAACAAAUGAGAAACUUCUGAAACUUCACAGUGUAAGGCUUCUCUUGCAUCUUUGUGCUGAUAUUUUCCGAUUCUCAAUCUAUUUUAAAUUUUGUACGAAGCUCAAAUAAAGGAAGGUCGCGGCAGGCUGACAAUAAACGGAAAA